AUGGCAGCAAGAAGAGCUUCCACGCAUGCGGCGGAAGCACUCGUCAAGAUGACAUGCGUGGUGGCACUCGCCAUCGCGCUGCUCGCGUCAUGCUGCGCGGCUUCCUCGAGGUCGCUGCUGGUCUCCUCCUCAUUCGUCGACGCACCGGAAGGCAGCCAACAGGCCGGUGCCCCGGCGCCGGCGGCGGUGCCGGUGCUAGAGCCGCAGCCGCCGGCUGCAGAUGCCGCAGCCCCGCCGGCGGUGGGAACUCCAGAGUCCGCCCCUGUCGUCGCCACGCCGCCGCCGUUGACGGGUCACCAUGGCCAGCACGUGAAGAGCAAGCACAAGGACCACGAGAAGGCAGCGCCACCACCCAAGCCGAAGCACCACCACCCGAAGGCGCCGCCCAAGCACCACGGGCACCAUGCGCCUCCGGAGCCGGAGCCGGCCGUUUCGCCACCCGCGCCUCCGCCGGAGCCGUACACACCAGGUGCGCCGGCGGCCGACAGCCCCCACGGCCAGCAGAACCCACCGUGGCCGUUCCCGUGGCCGCGCCCGCCGGGCACCGGCCACUGGCCGCCGCUGCCGCCGUUCCCGCUCCACCCGCCGCCGCUGCCUGCAUGGCCGCACCCGCAGCCGCACCCAGGGAACAACCCGUGGCCGCACCCCGGCCCGGGCGGCAAGUGGCCGCCGCUGCCCUCGUUCCCGUUCCACCCGCCGCCGGUGCCCGCGUGGCCGCACCCGGGGGGCAACUGGCCGCCGCUGCCGCCGUUUCCGUUCCACCCGCCGCCCAUGCCGGCGUGGCCGUGGCCUCGUCAUCCAGGAAACCCGUGGACGCCACCGUCCGCGUCCUUGCACGGCAGCGAUGGCGUCCCUGCCACGACGGUGCAGCAGGACCCCAAGAACUGA